UGCGAACCGGUAACAUUCGACAUUUUGGACACGGACUUCGACAUUAUUUUGGGAAUGCCUUGGCUUGCAAGUGCGGUCAAUUUCCACUGGUGGACUUUUACCGUUCGCGACGCCGUCGGCGCCGAAGUGCCAUGUACUAUUCCUCUUUUGCACCCUUCAAUUCGGUGCCAAGUGGUAACGGCCAAGCCGUUUCGGGCUACUUGCGCUUACGAGCAGCCCGACGAGAUAGGCCUAUGCUUCCUAUGGACCGUCGCGGUACCCGAUUCUUCACCAACGGACUUGUGUUCGAACCCCCGUGUGGUGCGGCUGCUUGACGAGUUCGCCGACAUCUUCGAGUCACUUACUGGUGUGGUGCCGGAUCGGCCAAUCUCUCACGAGAUCAUUCUUGAGGCCGGUGCCGUGCCGCCGAAAGGUUGCAUUUAUCACAUGAUUGAGGAGGAGCUUACGGUCCUUCGCACGCAACUCGAUGACUUGUUGGACAAGGGCUGGAUCCGCCCUAGUAGCUCCCCAUAUGGAGCACCAGUUCUCUUCGUACGGAAGAAGAACAAGGAUCUACGAUCAUGCAUCGACUACCGCAAGCUCAACGCGCAAACCGUCAAGAAUGCAGGGUCUCUUCCUCGCAUCGACGAUCUUCUCGAGCGAUUGGGCGGCGCGAAGUAUUUUUCUAAGUUGGAUUUGAAGUCGGGAUAUCAUCAAAUCUCGAUCCGACCGGACGAUCGUUACAAACUGCGUUCAAGACACGGUAUGAACAUUUUGAGUGGGUGGUCACUGGUCAUGCCUUUUGGCCUCACCAACACCCCGAUGACCUUUCAAGAGGCAAUGACCAACGAGUUUCGUGCGAUGUUGGACCGGUUCGUGCUGGUCUACUUAAACGACAUUCUCGCCUAUAGUUGGUCAUUGGAGAAUCAUCUUGAGCACCUUCGACGAGUGUUGAAGAUGCUCAGCCGCGCCAAGUACACGGCUAUCCGCGACAAGUGCGGAUUUGUCCGCCAAGAGCUGGAAUAUUUGGGCUAUUUUGUCACACAGGAGGGCAUCAAUCCGCUAUCGGACAAGAUUGAAGCCAUCCAAGAGUGGUCGGAACCGCGGAACGUCACGGAUGUCCAUUCGUUCCUUGGCCUUGCCGGCUACUACCAACGUUUUAUCAAGGAAUACUCGAAGAUCAUGGCCCACUUGACCAAGCUUUAAUGCGAGGAUGCGCGGGAAUCUAUGAAACACCCUCAGCGGCGGCCAUCCGCGGCCGAAUCCGCGGACGCGG